AGCGCUCGUCAUGAAACCCGUCCUCCUCAUUCAGUGAUGUGAUGUGCGCUCGUGCACCGGCGCUCGCCGUUUCUCAUCAUCAUCAUCAGCAGCGGCGGCGGCGGCGGUCGGAGCGGACAGACAGUAGCGGAUUCUCUCAGCUUCUCUAGAGGAUGUACCGCGUUACCGGAGGGAAACGGCGGAGAGUCUUUCUGGGGGCCCUUCCCUGAGAAACGAACAAGGACGGAACGGAUCGACACGGAUUUUUUGACACGAUCUGUGCGAAUGACACAAACCGCUGUGAGGAUUUUGCCGUAUGUGAGGAGCGCUCCGGACUGUCCGUCCAGUCUCACGCAAUGCUGAGCAUGUAAAGAACCCGACCGAGGGGUCGCCCUCCAGGGCCACAGUCUCUCUUCAUCUGGGAGCAUGUUCUAGGACGGACCCUGCACAGCAACCAUGAAAAGCUUAGGGGCCAACCGUAGCCGACAUCUGUCAGACAGCUGUGACCCCACCGCGGGCCCCCAGGAGCCCUUGUGUCCCUUGGCCCCGGACCCCCACGCCGCCUACCUCCUGAGCCCCACCGUCAACCAUUACGGCACUCUGGAUCCUCACUUCCAUCAUUUUCCAGUUUCCACCCCGACGACCCUGCAGUCGGACUGCCUGCUGCCUCUAAACAACCAGCUGACCAACAGCAGCACCUUCCCACGGCUGCACUACACCAGCCAGCCGGAGCAGAGCGAGUACACGCAGCAGGGUUGUGUGGCUCAGACAGGCAGUCGCGCUGGCACCCUCACGUCCUCCAUGUCCAUGGGUUUGGGCCUGGGACUGGGCGCCCCCGCCAUGAUCAGCAGCGGCACAGCCACCAUCUCAUCCGCGGCCGCUGCCAAGAUGAACCGGCUCCCGGCCAACCUGCUGGACCAGCUGGAGCGCCAUCUACCACUGCAGCGCGACGGCUUCAGCACGCUGCAGUUUCACCGGCGCAGCCGCGGCUCCAAGCAGCGCAGCGAGAGUCCCAGCCGCAUCCGAAACCUGGUCCAGUCCGUCCAGAAACUCUUCGCCAAGUCACAAUCUCUGGAGGUUUCGGCGGUCAAAGGGAGCAUAACCGCCGGCGACGCGGCCAAAACGACCCGGCGGAGCAAAAGCAAAGACCGCGCCAAGACCGAAGGCACCAAACGGCGUCCGCGGCCCAAUCUCUCAGGCUUCUGGAGCUCGGACGACGGCUUAGAGGAUGAUCCGCCGACUCAACCCGCCGCCGGCCCGCUGGCGGUGGCGUAUCGAAACCCUCUCAGCAUGAUGACAUUGGGCAGAGCCGUGUCGGACAGUCAAGCGGCACCCAGACCGCAUCCGCAGGGCUACAACACCAUUGCGGCACAUUCGCUCAAAUCCUCCAAGAGCAGCGGCGACCUCAAGCCGCAGGUCAGCCUGCCGCCCUCCGGUGGCCAAACGGGGGACAGCGUGCUGGUCAAGAGAGGCUCCUGGUCAACGCUGACCCUCAGUCAGGCCAGACAGGUGCUACAGAAGGGCUCCGCCACCGUUAACCGGACCCUGCUCAAGUCCAAGUCCUGCCACGGACAGGAGAUGACCUGCAACUUCCUACAGGUGCCUACAGGUGAGUGGAGCGGGACGCUGGGUAAGGCAGGGGGCGCGGGCGAGAUCCCCUGCAGGCGGAUGCGCAGCGGCAGUUACGUUAAAGCCAUGGGAGAUGUGGAGGACAGCGAUGACUCAGACGGACCCCCUUCACCCAAACCCUCGCCCAAGACCGCUGCCCGGCGACAGAGCUACCUGAAGGCCACCCAGCAGUCUCUCAGCGAGCAGCAGCCGCCUUUACCGCCACGCAACUGUAUGCCGUCUCUAUGCGAGGUCUCCACCAAUCGCAGUCUGGAUAACCUGGACUGUUUGAUGGCUCCCGGUGACGCGGGUCUGCAGCACUGGGACACUGACGGGGGAUUCGGUCUGCGCUGCGCGACGCUGGGACGAGGGUCUACCAUGAGACAGGUGGAGCAGGGCUACAUGAGCAACGCGGCUUACGGGCAGGUGGAGUCUCAAGCGGUGGAGGCCUUGGAUCUGCCCACACCCACCUGCUUCCGGUCUCGAAGCCACAGUUACUUGCGGGCCAUCCAGGCCGGCUGCUCUCAAGAUGAUGAUACGGGCUCUGUGGACUCCGACGAGACUCCACCGAUAACCUCAUCCAUCAGCAGCUAUAACAGCAUCACCAUCUCCACGUGUACGGCCAUCUGUAAGAAGGCUCCUCCUCCUAUUCCUCCACGCACCACCUCCAAACCCUACAUCUCGGUUACGGUCCAGAGCAGCACAGAAUCUGCCCAGGACACGUACCUGGACAGCCAGGACCAGCGCAGCGAGGUCAACAGCCAAUCAGGACGCAGCAACUCCUCCGACAGCCUCGCCAGCUCUCGGACAGGAAGUCUGGUCAAAGGCGCCAAGCGGCCGCCUAUCCUGCCGCCCAUCCCUGCUCCGCGGGAACCCGUACAUCUACCCAGUGCAAGAGUGACCACGCCUCCUCCUGCUAUAGUCCCGCCCUCUCCCGCCGCAGACGUCAGAAACGAGCCUGCGAGUCUCACAGUGGCACCUGACGAAGCGCAAGCUCAGCCCAAGAGAAAACUCUCAUCGAUUGGUAUUCAGGUGGAUUGUGUGCAGCCGGUUCUGAAAGAGGAACAAACUCCCACCACCAGGUUCCAGUCCAUCGGGGUUCAGGUUGAAGACGGCAGGCCACUCAGUCGCUUCACUAGCAUGGCGUCUAGACAGGAGACGACAGAGGCCGAAUCUCAGGAGCAGACCGACGGUAAACCUUCGGAGAAUAAGACGCCCAACCAGUCUCUGGACGGCAGUGUGCACAAGCUCUCACGAGCGAAUGUGAUGCGCUCCGGUUCUGCCUCGCUGCAGGAAAAGCUGGAUCCUGCGCUGGACCCAUCCUCCCUCCCGCCGCCGGAUCCGUCUCUGCAGGCCGGGACGGGCAGCGUAAAUGGAGCCGUGGAGCAGCCCGGGGGCUCGGCGUGCCUCAGGGACGGACGCUGGUUCCAGAAGCUUCUCCAGGCGGAGACGGACCGCAUGGAGGCCUGGUGUCAGCAGAUGGACCAAGAGACCAAAGACAAAGAGCUGUCAGAGGAGGUGUUAGGAAAGGUCCGCAGUGCGGUCGGCAGCGCUCAGCUCUUGAUGUCUCAGAAGUUCCAGCAGUUCCAGGGCCUUUGUGAGCAGAACCUGGAUGCAAGCGCUCAGCCGCGGCCCACCGCGCAGGAUCUGGCCGGAUUCUGGGAUCUGCUGCAGCUGUCCAUCGAGGACAUCAGCAUGAAGUUCGACGAGCUCCACCUCCUCAGGUCCAAUGACUGGAAGAUGUCUGAGACCCAGGAAAAAAAGGUCCAACUCAUGUACCUUUCCAACAUCGUAACGCUUCCUUUUGCUUGUAUAACCAAUGUGAAGGAGGAGAAGAAGUCCGCUCCAGCCCACACACCAAAGAAGACUGUAAAGGUAAAAUCCAGCGGCGGGAAGGAGAAGAGCGGCGACUCGGUGGCCGACAAGCAGCGUCAGGAGGCCAGAAAGCGACUGAUGGCGGCCAAGCGAGCCGUGUCUGAGCGGCAGAACUCUGCCACCGAGAGCGCCGAAAGCAUCGAGAUCUACGUUCCCGAGGCUCAGACGCGACUCUAAUAAACCACAAAGUAACAAACUCCUCCCAAUCCAAGAGACGCUUUCUUGUGCUCACGGACACGCUCACUCGUACAGAGCGCAACACGGUCGGAUCUAAAGGUGAAUGGCCGAAACAACGAGCAAAAAAAUACAAUAAAAAGGCGAAAAAUUGAAUUUGAACGCUGCCGCAGAAGAACCUCCUGUUGACGUUUGUUUAUAUGGUUUCCCCUUGUUAUAAUUAUAAAUGUUAUAAAAGUUAACUAUCUCAUGGAAUAUAUCAAGACUUUGUCUGUAAAUUGUGCUAAUAUCUCUGAUGGUGAAAAGACGUUCUUUACCGCGUCAGAUCUCAGACCCUUUACACUCGUCACAUGACCCGCUUCACACGUCACAUGACCCACGGACAGCAUGCACUCAGGAUCCUGCACGUGUGCACUUGUCUUUCAUCAACGCAGUCUUCCUGUUCUCACAAACACCUUUCUUUUCUUCGUCGGGAGCACGGACACGUGACUUUAUCACGCGAAGCGUUUGAAUGGCGUUACGUAUGUGAAUGUUUCACUGCAUCUGGAGUUUUGAUGGUACAAGAGAUACUUGAAAUCUGAAGCGAAUCACCGUAGGAAGUCGUAGAGUAGCACAGGAAGCAGAUUUUAGCACUCCACUAGUUUUUUUUUGUUUCACGUCACUUUUCACUCCAGUAAAAUUUAAAGCAGAAACACAUUUCGGCUUGAUUUAUUUUCCACGUCAAACAAUCCAUUUAUAUUUGAUAGGGUUGAAAUAUGACCACUCGACUUUGUUUUUAUGAUGAAUGUUUUAAAACGUCAACAAUGACUGUCCAGAUUUUUACUUGGACCAACUUCCUGUUUGUUUUGUAAUAAUAUUAUUAUUAUUAUUAUUAUUAUUAUUAUUAUUAUUAUUAUUAAUAUUAUUUUAAUUUUAAAGUUUUCAGUUGUGUUUUCUGUUUUCCAUUCCAUGUGUUUUUCAGCACGGUUUCCUGAUGCUACGGUUCAAGCGAUGACCGUACAACCGUGUCUUUGUGUGACCAAUUAGAGCCCUUCAUUUGUGAUCAACAAUGUUUUUUUUUUUUUUUUUUUUUUUUUUUUUAUUAUUAUUUGACAGACAUUAAAAAUUUCCGUUACCCAAAACUCA